AUGAAAAGUCAAAGAAUUGUGAACAGGCUGAUUGAUGAAUUGCAGACAGCUAUCAAAAGCAACAGAGGUCAUCUCUCUAAACUUGGCCCCCAAUUACAGGCUGAGCAGGAGCAAUUCUCCUCUUACGUCUACCAACACAUUAAAAGCCUUCCAGCAAACACUCUUGUCCCAGGAGGACUGCAGCUCAAGAUAUUUGAAAAUGGUAAAGAUACAGGAGAGAUCUCUGUUUGUAUCAGUAAAAAAGAUCUGGAGCCUAAUAGCCCAACUCAAGCUGGCUGCAUGAUGGAAAGAUUACUUCUCAAGAUUCAUCAAAGACUUCAAGGUUCUUCCAUCCACCCACCAGGCCUCAAUUUUUCUUCAAUCCGGCUUUUUGAUGAGCACGGUCAAGAAAUUAAGAAUCCGCUUUCACUGAAGAAUGAGCAAAAAAUUUGGGUCUCUUAUGGUAAAGCAUACAGAUCUCCACUGAACCCUGUUUUGGGUUUGACCUUUGACCAGGUGACUGCAUUCACCAGAGGUGGCAUUACAGUUGUAUAUAAAACCUUCUUGGACCCUAAUGCCCUUCUGCUACCUGGAUGUGACAAUUGGGAUGUUUGUGAGGGAUUUCCAGUUAACUUCAGUGGCACCAGUCAACAGGUACCUGAUCAAUUUGAAAAGGUGGACAUGGAGAACAGUUUCCUACAGAACAAGGUGGACUCCAAUAUUGUCCUUCAUGCCUCUGUUUCUGUCAGAAAGCAGAGUUUCUCAAGCAGUAAAGAGAGCAGUGGGAGCCAGAUAGCACCAUCGACCCUGUGGCCUGCAGCCAGUGUGUGGCUGAUCACAAAGACUGGAAUGAUCCUGAGCCAAGCAAUAACUCAGAGCUGUCUAGCUGUUGGUCAUCCAAUCAGAGUCAAGGCUACUGACGGAACAUCACUACAAGGAUACAAAUUAAUCCUACAGAAAAGACACAAAGGAGAUGAUUCUCAGAAGUGGGUGUUUGGAACUGAUGGUUGUAUUUAUUCUAAGGCUUAUCCUCAGUUUGUUCUGACCUACCUAGAGGAACUAAAUGUACAAGUAGAUGUGACCCAGACAGAGUAUCACUUUCACCGUGGUGCCUGGACCACAGCUCAUCAGGAGCAUCGCAGCAGCUUUGCAGAAGAGGUUCUUCAAAAAAGUGCCAGUAUCCCUGAUUUGAAGCAGCUGCCAGAGCCUUCAGACACCCACUUAAUGCCAGAAGGUUCUCUUGGGGAGACAGGACAGCUGACAGUGGCCUUGGUAAAGAAACUGGAAGAGAAACAUCCUAAGGCUUCUGCUCAGAGGUGGGCCAUAAAACAUAAAGGGAUGAGUAAGCCAGGCCAGUGGAAACAUUCCAGAGUUGAAAAUCCUCUCUGGAAUAAGCUUACCUACAUGUGGCCAGUCCUUCCCAGUGGUCAACUUAAUGAGGAAUUUGAUUGGCCAAUAGAAGGACUGCUUCUUCCAAACAGUCCUCCCAUGAAGAAACCCAUCCAUAAGGCACCAGAGCAUUAUGUCCCUGUGAGACUCAGAGUUUUGCGGAAUGGAGACAAGAACAAAGCCAGGGCCCUUAUUAUAAUCAGUCCAGACAUCUCACCUGGGUGGAAAAUGCAGUGCACUGAAAUUUUAAAUUUACCUUCUGCAGCUCGGAGAUUAUUCAAUGAGAAAGGGAAGGAAAUCUUCACGCUAAAAGAACUUCAAAGAGAUGAACUGGUGUACGUUUCAUGUGGUGAACACUGGAUCAAUCCUGACCUGUCCACUGCUCAGCAAAAGAAGCAAAUCUUCCUAAGGAACUUAGCAUCAGAUAUUUCUAAAAUUCAAAUCUUCUGCAGUAUGCAUAAGAUAGAGGCUCUUGUUUUAGAAGUCCAAAGUGACAUUGUGUCUGGAGCCAAGCUUGCUGUGAGGAAACCAAUUUUUGGAAAAGAAGAGCAAAUUAUAGAACCAGAGGAAAAGCAAAUGCAAAAAAAUGCUUUAACAUUAGAAAAUGCUUCCAGUGAAAUUCUGGAUUCACAUGCAAGAGCCCAUCUCAGAAUGAAGGCUUGUCACACACUUCUCAGGUAUGCCUGGCAGGGAUCUUCUCAUAACUUUGAUGAGGAUGACAAUCUUCCAAAGAAAAUGGAAGAAGAGCUCUUUGAAAAUAUGGAACCAGAGAAGAAAUACAGCCAUUCUCCAAAACAGAGUAAAUUGCAGAAACUUUGCCACCAGCAGUUUGAAUACAGAGAUGGGCAAAUUAUAAGCUAUGCUGCUCCUCGGCUAGUCUUGGGGGUGCGAGGCCCCAACCUGCGCUCAGGUGUGGAGGUGGUUUUGGUGGAGAAAAAAGCAGAUGAUAGUCAUCAGCGCUGGAUGCACAAGGAAGACAGCAGAACUUUUCACCUGGUGAGUAACCCAGAUCUCGUGCUGGCAGUGUCUAUGACCAAGGCUAGAGAUGAAGUCUGUGGCUACCCGGUUAUUGCUCAGAAAUACAAACCACAUAACAAUGGGGCUUCUAAUCAAAAGUGGAAUUACAUGAAAAGUAUGAAAGCUUUUAUGGCCUUUCAUAGCACUGCACUGGAUAAAGAGAUCACAGCUGCAAACUAUGCUGGUGUUUGUACAUCUUCUGUGAUUAGAGAAGAAAACGUUGAUCAACCAGGAUACUAUUAUCUCUUACCCAGUGGAAAGAAGAAAACGAUGCUCUGUGUGGCAUGUGGACGAUCCGUGAGAGCAGAGAAGGGACUGAAACAGUUGCCUCCAGGGCUCCCAUUCCUCUGUGCCUCGGCCUCCAAAACCCAGAAGCCCUUCUCACGUGGGCCUUUCAAGGUCAUUGAUGUGGCCAAGACUGAUUUAUCUUCUCGUGAGGCUGAAAACACUUUGAGUUAUUAUGAAGAGCAUCUAUUAUCUUUACGGAUGAAGACCUGCACGCAAGUUGUAUCUCAUUGUGGCAUGGCAGUUACAAACCAGAAGGCAGUGAAAAUAAUUGCAUACAAAAAUGGAGAUGGAUAUCGAAAUGGGAAGUUAAUUGUGGCUGGAACAUUCCCCAUGCUGCUUACAGAAUGUACAGAACAACUUGGUCUGGCCAGAGCAGCCUCCAAAAUAUACACCAAAGAUGGAACCACAAUAAGUUCCUUGCGCAAUUUGGUUUUAUGGGCUCUGGAUGAAUCUUUUAUUCAGAGAGAUUCUGAGGAACCAAAGGAAGAGACAGACCCUGUUGGAACCAAAGAGACACAUGUUAAAAGUAUGAAAGGGAACUCAAGAGUGAAAGUGAAAACCAGAUCAUCUGAACAGUCUGUGACAUCCGAUAGUUUGGAUGAUAUAGAUACGUCUCUGCUCACCCUCAUCCUCAGAAAUCCCAUUGCCGUCUGGGUAUCUUGUGGUGAACCAUUUCUGUCUCCAAAUGCUUUGAAGAAAGCAGAAAAAAUAGAAAAACAGAACUGGCUUAAAAAGGACAAAAUUUUGGCUGAUCUAGAUGUCAUGAAACACAAAAUGAGACUGUUAAAAGGGCGGCGGGUAGCAGCGCGUCAGUCAGCCACCGUGGUUCCCAGCAAAAGCCCUGUGCAGCUGGUGGUAGUGGAAGGAGGCUGUGCUGAGCAGACUCAAGAGGAAAUUAAACUCAUGGACCUCAUAAGACAUACAGAGGCACACCUUUCUGAAGUCCAAGAACUGCAAUCCAAGAGAAAUUCUUUCAUUGCACCUAAAUGUACAGCAUUCAAGCAGAGCAACCUGUAUAAACAGCCCAAUGCAAAACGAGUAUGGAUUUACCUAAAUGGAGGCAGACCUGAAGAUGGCACUUAUGUCUGGGGCAAAACUAUUUCGGAGCUGCUGAAUGCCUGCUCCUCUCGUCUCAAGCUGGCCCACCUGGCCAGGGCACUGUACACCCCCAGUGGAGAGCCAGUUCACUCGUGGGAUGACAUAGAGCGAGACAUGGUCAUCUGUGUGUCUACAGGGCGAAGCUUCAGACCUCAACAAGAGUUAAAGCGACUGGUGGAGAUCAGAGCAAAUUAUGCCCGAAUCUGCAGGCAGCAGGGCCCUCAAGCCACAGACAUCGUGCUGUCACCAUCUGCAAAGCUGCAUUCCCUGGUACCGUCACUCACUGAAUUCCUGGCGGAGCCACCCUAGGUGGUGCUGUGUUUCACUGGGGAAAGAAAACUUUCUCCACUUACUUGGAAACACAAAACUGUGAUAGAAAGUUCAAUUAUUUAGAUUGCUGAAGACUUCAAAUUUAGGAAAAUCCAAAAGAAAUCUGUGUAGCUUACUUAAAAUUUUAGUGCUAGAAUUUAUCCUUCAGAAUAACUGUAUUUUUCAUGGGCAGACACUGAUUAAUUAUCCAUAGAUUCACAAUAAGACAUAUUAUAAUUAAUGGGCAGUGUUAGCCACAGGGAUUUUGUAUUCUAGUGAAAACCUGUAUACACUCUGUAAAUUUUCCUUUCUAUAGCAUGGACUGUUGGGGGAAGAGAUGCCUAUAUACUGAGCACAUGUUUUUUCUCUCCAAGUAGAUGGUAAUUGCCUAGAGAGCAGAGAACCUUAUUUUUACUUGCUCGGGACAGGGCUCAGUGACAAUGCCCAGCAGUCCCACUACCAGACAAACGUGACGGGAAGACAAGGUUCAGCCAACUUCCACCCUUGUGCUAAACCACAAACCAAAAUUACAGCAGUACAAGGGAAUAGAGGGUCUGCUUUAUAGAAUUUUAUUUCAGUCAGCUGUUCAGGAACUAUAGUCCUCAGAGUCAAAUUAAAUCGAGUUAUAGUUAGUCUUUCCUGUUUUUCAGAGGCAAGAAACACUUCAAAAUUGGGCAAAUGAAAUAAAUUUCGUGGUGUAAACUAGGCAUCACAUAUUCUUAAAAUGUGUCUUUGAUGAUUAUACAUUUUAGUCUCAAGUGCCGAGUUAGAAGAACAUCCAAAAAUUAUGUGAAAUGACUUAUGGAUGUAUUGACAACAUUCAAAACCUCAAUAGACUGUUGUAAAGGAGUCUUACUGUUUUGGUUCAUGUACUCCUUUGAGCAUCUUUGGAAAAGCCAUAAACUUACAAAAUGACAUACAAAAAAUAAUUUCCUCAUACCGUUUCAUGGCGUUCACAGACCCACCAGAAAAACAUUAGUGAACUUCCAAACAAGGAACUGAUAGAAGCUAUUUCUGAUUUCCAUAAUCUUUAAGGUUUGCAGGGGGAUAUAGGAUCAACACCACUCAGUGGAACAUUUCAAAACAUCAGCAGAAGCAGGUUCUAACUUUCGCUGUGGUAAUGUUACCUUGCUAUAUUCAAAGAUGAUAAACCAUGACAAUUUCUUAUCAUCUUGGACUGUGGUUUUUGCAUCUACGAAUCUUAAGUGGGAAAUGAUAAGGAAAGAUAAACUUCUUCAAACAGUGUUGUUCAUUUUGGGCAUUCCUUGGAGAAAGCACUUAUUACCUGCAAGGAAAAAGCUAAUUAAGUCGACAUUUCUUACAAUCACAAAGCCAUUUUUACUUGCUACUCUCUUAGACAGGAGGGAAUACAUGCUGUUUCCCUUUUGUCUGUGGGAGAAUGCCAGGGAACGCUGACAGCCCUGGAAGUUGGGAGCUGAAACUCAGCAUAUGAGUGGCUGCAGUUGUUCAGAACCUGCCCGGAGGUCACUGCUGCUCAGCUGAGGCCAAACACGGUACCCUGAGAACCCCCGUUUGUGCUCUUACCUCUUCCAGAAGAUAGUGACACUGUCAAAUGUUUAGAUGCUUGGGUUAUUUAAUUCCAAGUCAUGUUAUGACUCUGCUUCACUUAAUUUAGUCAGUGUGUGCUGUACCGUCAGAAACAAUGUUAAAAUGCUAUUUAACCCCCGUUUAAGGCUUUGUUUAGAAACUUUCUUAAAACAGUUAAAUCUUUAUAUGAAAACAUGUUGGAUUAUGAUUUAAUUUCACUGUCCUUGGCUGGAGUUCGCCGAUUAGAAGAGGACAAUGGACCUGAAACUAAAGACGCCCUGCACGGUGCCCUGUCUGCUGUCCGCUGGGUUCCCAGAGCCCCACAUGGAGUCUGCAACACAGUAGGUGCUCAUUAAAUCUUUGUUAAGUUUCAAAUGAGGAGCUGAGUUUCAACUCCGACUGUGCUUCUGACUACCCACGGGACAUAUCUAUUUUCUCAUCUGUGAAAUGAGAAUAAUAUUUCCUUCUACCCUCCAAAAGCUGUUUCUUGCAUCAGAUGAGAUAAAGUAUGGAAAAUCAUUUUUCCGUUUUGAUCUGAAGAAAGGAGUAAUCUUCAAAAUUAGGCAUACAGUCUCAUGCAGAUAUAAAAGAAGUAAGCACCAUUGUA